CGUCACAACCCCAGCCGCUCUCAAAAGUUCUUCGGGAAGAAGUUUUGUACUCGGCCGUUCAAGGAACUGAUUGCGUGGUAGAAGAGGUCAACACCCCACGAGCAGCUCCACAACAGACGUUUUCUUUCUAAAGACACAUAAGAAAUCCUCUUCAGCACUGUAAGAAUGGCAGAUAAGCAGGUUGAGCCCACGAAUGGGCAGAAUGAGAGAGACCUACAAGCUGAAGAGACUCUAAGCACCGACUCCUCAGGGGAACGCCAGAGUUUGGUCAGCCGAGUGACCAACCUGCCACUGAUUAGCUCCGCUUAUGACAUGGUGGCCAGCACCUACUCCAGCACCAAGGAGAAUCACCCCUACAUCAAGUCUGUGUGUGACGUGGCGGAGAUGGGCGUGAAAACCUUGAGCGCUGCUGCAGCCAGUGGCUCUAAGCCACUCCUUGACAAGUUUGAACCCCAGAUUGCCACCGCUAAUGAUUAUGCUUGCAAGGGUCUCGAUCACCUGGAGCAGAAGCUGCCCAUCUUAAAGGAGCCAACUGAGAAGGUUGUUGCCGAUACCAAGCAGCUUGUGAGUGGGGCUCGAGACUCUGUCACUCGGACGGUUUAUGGAGCCAAGGAUACCGUAACCAGCACUGUGACCGGUGUGGUAGACAUGGCCAAGGGGGCGGUUCAAGGUGGUGUUGAGAUGACCAAGUCUGCAGUCGGCGGAGGGGUUAACACUGUCAUGGGGACAAGAAUGGGCCAGUUGGUGGUCAGUGGAGUCGAUAUGGCACUUGGUAAAUCUGAAGAAUGGGUGGACUACUACCUUCCCAUGACAGAAGAGGAACUGGCCCAGCUCUCCACCCCUGCAGAAGGCUCGGAAGUGGUUCAGGUGGCACCUGGUGCUGGUCAGCCAAGCUACUAUGUGCGUCUGGGUGUGCUUUCCAAGAAGCUUCAAACACGGGCACUGCAGCACUCUCUUGGCAAGGCUGGGCAGGCACGGCAGAACAUGCAGCAAGCCCUAGUCGACCUGCAUAGUACCAUUGACCUCAUUGAGCUCACCAAAAAGGGGGUUGACUCUGCUAGCCAAAAACUGAGUGAGACACAGGAGAACUUGCACCAGAAAUGGCAGGCAUGGAGUGGCAGGCAAGCCAGUCCACCAGAGGAUGGAGCUCCCAAAAAUGAGCCCCUGGAGUCACGCAUACUGACCAUGGCCCGAGGACUUAGUGGGCAGCUCCAGAGUGCUUGCCUUGGCGUGGUGUCCAGUGCACAGGGCCUGCCACAACAUGUGCAGGAGCAGCUGGCCCAGGCGAGGCAGGCUGCUGCUCAAGUACAUGGCGCCUUCAAUUCAGCUACCUCCUUCAGUGACCUGUCAACACCAGUCCUAGCCCAAAGUAGGCAGCAGCUGGCACAUGUGCGUCAGUCUUUGGAUGGGGUGGUGGAAUACCUGAAACACAACACGCCUCUCAACUGGCUGGUAGGGCCCUUUGCACCGCAAAUCACUGAAAAGCCUGAACAAGCCCAAUGAGGGCACAAGUUUGUGAAAAAGAUCGAUUUUUGUAUUGUACUUACAACAUUUCAGUAUUCUGUCGCUCUUGAUAGGGUUAUUAAUCAAAUAUACCUGCUUCUAGUAUUCACUGCUCUUCUAAUCAGCCUGGCGUGCCUCACUGCUUUCUUAGCUCUUGGAUUGGGAAGCUCAUGAGCGUUGAUCUAGUGCCUUACAGCGGCAGCUUUCAAUUAGGAAAUCUGAGGCUGGAGAGGGUUGUGAGUGCCCGUAUUUCAAUAAAGUCUGUUGUGAAUGUAAAAA